AUGAACCAUAAUUUUCCUUCUUAUAAUCUCACGGCCACUGCCGUUUUCUCCUCUUCUUCUUAUUCCGGCAGCGACGAGCCUCUAAUUUCAGGGAGGCUGUUUUUCCUAAAAUAUGUUCAGAUUCUUGAAAUCUUUAUUGCCCUAUUCGCGUUUGUGACAAUACAUUCCUUGCGCCAGAAGAAACAUCAAGGUGUACCCGUCUGGCCGUUUUUAGGGAUGCUUCCUUCGUUGAUUUUCGCAGUCCGAAGCAACCUCUAUGAAUGGUUAUCCGAGGUUCUUAUUCGCCAGGGUGGAACUUUCCGAUUUAAAGGCCCUUCCUUUAGCAGUCUCAACAGUGUCAUUACUUGUGAUCCAAGAAACGUUGAGCAUCUUCUCAAAACUCGGUUUUCUAUCUACCCUAAAGGUUCUUACUUCCGUGAGACCGUCCGAGAUCUACUCGGAGACGGAAUAUUCAACGCCGAUCAUGAAACGUGGCAGCGGCAAAGGAAAACAGCGAGCGUCGAGUUCCAUUCUGCUAAAUUUAGGCAAUUAACAAGUCAAUGUUUGCACGAACUCGUGCAUAAUAGACUCUUGCGGGUUCUAAAAACUUCUGUAACGAUCGAUCUUCAGGACAUUUUGUUGAGACUUACUUUCGACAAUGUAUGUAUGGUUGCUUUUGGGGUCGACCCAGGUUGUCUUGGUUCAAAUCUACCAGAAAUUCCUUUCGCAAAAGCCUUCGAGGAUGCAACAGAAGCAACAUUUUUUAGAUUUGUGAUGCCUACGUUCGCGAGGAAGCUCAUGAGGUCUCUUAAUUUAGGAAGUGAGAAGAAGCUAAAGGAAUCAAUAAAAGGUGUGGAUGAUUUCGCUGAUGAAGUAAUCCGGACGAGGAAGAAAGAGCUAUCUUUAGAGACCGAAAUCGCAAAGAGAUCAGAUCUCUUGACGAUUUUUAUGGGUCUACGAGAUGACAAUGGAGAGAAGUUUUCAGAUAAGUUCUUGCGUGAUAUUUGUGUGAACUUCAUACUUGCUGGGAGAGAUACUUCGUCUGUGGCUCUGAGCUGGUUUUUCUGGUUAAUCGAGAAGAAUCCAGAGGUGGAAGAAAGAAUCAUGGUGGAGAUUUGCAAGAUUCUGGAACAGAGAGAUCAUUUUGGAGAUGCAGAGGAGAAGAUAGAAUACGAGCCUGUGUUUAGACCAGAAGAGAUCAAGAAAAUGGAUUAUCUACAAGCUGCUUUGUCUGAAACUCUCAGAUUAUAUCCUUCUGUUCCAAUUGAUCACAAAGAGGUACUUGAAAACGAUGUGUUUCCGGAUGGGACCAAACUAAACAAAGGUGAAAAAGUUGUAUACGCGAUAUACGCGAUGGGACGUAUGGAGACGAUAUGGGGUAAAGACUGUCUCCGAUUCAGGCCAGAGAGGUGGCUAAGAGACGGCCGGUACAUGACUAAAUCGGCCUAUAAGUUCACCGCCUUCAAUGGCGGUCCUCGACUCUGUCUAGGCAAGGAUUUUGCGUAUUACCAGAUGAAAUAUGUGGCGGCCGCCAUUAUUUACCGGUACAGGGUUAGGGUUGAUGUGAAGAGUGGUCAUAAGGUUGAGCCAAAGAUGGCUCUAACUAUGUACAUGAAGCAUGGCUUAAAGGUUAAUAUGGUCAAGAGAAGCGUCUCUGAGAUAGAUCGUUACUAUGCUCCGUUUCAGAAAGGAGCGUAUAACAAUGGUGUAUAGCUUAAUGAUGUUUUAAGGUUUAUGAAACAUAAUCAGUGAUUGUUGUAAUUUGGUGAUUUUUUGAUGAACUUUCUAAUAUUGUUUUUCUUUAUAG